CCCGAUCAAUUAUGUUUAAAUUAAAUCCCCCACUGAAAACCUACUAAGAAUAGACAAACAAUUGACCCUUUUACCAAAACUAAUCAUCGUCUCUGUGAAUCAUGAUAAUCCUAUAACGUUCCUCCUUUUUCACUCCUUUCAUUGGUGAAUUAUACCGAACCAUGGUAUGAUUUUACAAUCCUAAAAAAGUAUAAGACUGGACAAUCAUAGGGUGGAAUACCAUGGUAUGAUUUUACGAUCUAACCUUGGAAUACCGUCUCCAUCAAAUCCAGCCGGCGGAAGAGCCCACCAUGGCGCAAUAAGAGAAGCCGGCCCAGCCAAUAUUCAUUCCCCGUCGUCGCCAAAAAUGUUGAAAACUGUCUGUCACCCUACUGUCUUUCCAUAAUUCAUCGCCUCCCCCUCGUUGUUGCUACUUCAAACUUCAAUUAUUUCUUCUGUUUAAGAUAAGGGCAACGCAGAUUUCACCUUUUCGUUGCUGCGUCGUCAGCAGAUAAGGGGCUCUCGAUUAUUGGCUCCAAUUAGCAUCAUGACCCAGGAGAGCGAUGGAGCCUUGAAUUUGAUGGCGUCUUUUGGGGCACUGAAGGAAAUGAACAGUGUUGAGACGACCAAGGAUUGAAGCCUGGAUUGAAUCACGUGUCUCUCCAGUGCCUCUUCUUCUUCUUCUUCUUCUUCUUCUCCUCCCAUGUUAACUACAGCCAGCCAGCAAUGAAUUUGGCACCAGAAAAUGACACUCAUGAAAUAGUAAGGCGCUAAAAAAGGGGAAUAAAGAAAGAAGAAAAAAAAAAAAAAAAACAGAAUCCAACUGGUACUUGCCGCCCAUGUCUCCCAUUUGCACAUGCCAGCAUCCACGAGUCACUGUCCCCCCAAUUUCCCUCCAAACAAGGUCCCCUAUCCACAACAAGCAAGGGAAGGGAGGGGGGGAAAAAAAAACUGGUGAAAAUGAUAAAAAAUAAUAAUAACCUUAUCCCAACACGAACAAGAAUGAACCACAAGAGCACAUGCUACUCUGAGAGCUGAGAGAGAGAAGACUAUCGAGUGGCAGGUUACCCAUUUUCAGCUUAAGGAGGGAGAAGCUAUGGAAUCCUUGAGCUGCCAUUUUCAGUUCACGUUUCAUAGAGUUUCCAAGAAUGUGAAAUCCAGGUCUUCUUCUGUCUCCUGCUCGAUUCAGCCUACUCAGAGCAACAUCAAGGUAGUGAUCAAUGGAGCAGCAAAAGAGAUAGGGAGGGCAGCUGUGUUGGCAGUUACCAAAGCCAGAGGGAUGGAAGUUGCUGGUGCUGUUGACAAACAAUUUGUCGGAGAAGAUAUUGGAAAGCUCUGUGACAUGGAAGAACCGCUGGAAAUACCAGUGAUAAAUGAUCUCACCAUGGUUCUAGGUUCCAUAUCUCAGUCGAAAGAGACAGGAGUGGUUGUUGACUUCACUGAUCCUUCCACGGUUUACGAUAAUGUCAAGCAGGCGACGGCAUUUGGGAUGAGAAGUGUGGUGUAUGUGCCCCGGAUUAAAGUAGACACCGUAGGGGCAUUGUCAGCAUUCUGUGAUAAGGCCAGCAUGGGAUGCCUGGUUGCGCCAACUCUAUCAAUCGGAUCGAUUCUCCUCCAGCAAGCAGCUAUUUCAGCUUCCUUCCACUACAACAAUGUAGAAAUCCUGGAAUCAGCAGCAGAUGCAACUGACCUUCCAUCAGCAGAUGCUGUCCAAAUUGCAAAAAACCUCUCCAACCUGGGGCAGAUCUACAACAAGGGAGAUAUAACAACAGAUGUUGCGGCAAGGGGACAAGUUCUUGGAGAAGAUGGGGUCAGGGUGCACAGUAUGGUACUACCAGGGCUCCCUUCCAGCACAACAGUUUACUUCUCUGGCCCAGGAGAGGUUUACUCCGUCAAGCAUGACAUAACAGGGGUGCAGAGCCUUAUGCCUGGUCUAAUCUUGGCAAUUAGAAAGGUGAUCCGUCUUAAGAAUCUAGUGUACGGCCUGGAGAAAUUUUUGUAGGAAACUAGUAAAGUUCCCUCAUUACUGGAAGCAAACAAGCAGUUGAAGAAAACAUGUCUUCUGUAGACUGGGCUUUUUCAAAAAGGGAACACAGCAGAGAAGAGGAUACUGUUUAGUAGAGAGAUGAGUAUAUUAAAUCUAUAUCUGUUCCGCACUAGCGAAACGUGUUGGAUAAGAGGGGCAAUUAAACAUGAUAGAUUCAA